AUGACGACUAGGAUCAAGAAUUUCACUUCGAAUUCCGGACCUCAACAUCCUGCUGCUCAUGGUGUUUCACGAUCGGUAUUGGAAAUGAACGGAGAAGUGGUGGAACGUGCGGAACCGCAUAUUGGAUCACUCCAUAGAGGCACAGAGAAAUUAAUAGAGUACAAAACGUAUCUUCAAGCUUUACCUUAUUUGGAUCGUUCAGACUAUGUUUCUACGAUGGCCCAAGAACACGCUCAUUCUUCAGCCGUAGAGACACUUUUGAAUUGCGAGGUACCCUUACGAGCUCAAUAUAUACGAGUGUCAUUCCGUGAAAUCACUCGAAUUUCAAAUCAUUCACUUGCUUUAACUACUCAUGCUAUGGAUGUGGGAGCAUCAACUCCGUUCCUGUGGGCUUUUGAAGAGCGGGAAAAAUUGUUGGAAUUCUAUGAAAGAGUCCCGGGAGCCAGGAUGCAUGCCAGUUUCAUACGACCAGGUGGAGUGGCACAAGAUCUGCCUCUUGGCUUAUGUCGAGAUAUUGAUUCCUCCACACAACAAUUUGCUUCUCGUAUCGACGAAUUAGAAGAGAUGUCAACCGGCAACCGUAUCUGGAAACAACGAUUAGUGGAUAUUGGUACUGUCACUGCACAGCAAGCAAAGGAUUGGGGAUUCAGUGGUGUAAUGUUAAGAGGUCAACCAGGGGUAUGCUGGGAUUUGCGAAGAGCAGCACCUUACGAUGUUCAUGACCAAUCGGAUCCUGACGUACCAGUAGGUACCAGAGGAGAUCGCUAUGAUCGUUACUGUAUCCGUAUCGAAGAGAUGCGACAAAGUGUUCGGAUCAUUGUGCAAUGUCCUAAUCAAAUGCCUAGUGGCAUGAUCAAAGCCGAUGAUCGUAAGCUAUGUCCUCCAUCACGAUGUCGAAUGAAACUAUCCAUGGAAUCCUCAAUUCACCAUUUCGAACCUUAUACAGAAGGUUUCUCCGUACCAGCUUCUUCUACAUAUACCGCAGUUGAAGCACCUAAAGGAGAAUUUGGGCUCUUUCUGGUCAGUAAUGGAAGCAAUCGUCCCUACCGUCGUAAAAUAAGAGCACCUGGCUCUGCCCAUUCACAAGGACUCGAUUCUAUGUCCAAACAUCACAUGCCAGCAGAUGUGGUAACCAUCAUUGGUACUCAAGAUAUUGUGUCUGGAGAGGUAGAUAGAUAG